CUGGGGAAGCUCGGUGAUGGUGGUGUGCUACACUCACGCAGGUGUGUGUGUUUUGCAGAGAGGCAAAAUCACGCCCGGGAACUUGUGAGAGAAGCUGACCUGUCGCAGUGGGACGCUUUAGUGAUCAUGUCCGGGGAUGGACUUCUGUAUGAGGUGAUAAAUGGCCUGCUGGAGAGGUCAGACUGGGAGGAGGCCAUUAAAACACCGCUGGGGAUCCUUCCUGGGGGAUCAGGCAAUGCCUUGGCUGCAUCCAUACAUUAUUACUCUGGAGCGGCUCCGGUGUCCAGUGAGGAUCUUCUUCUCAGCUGUGGCUUCCUGCUCUGCAAAGGACUGGCCUCCCGCAUGGACCUGGUCUCCGUCCACCUCUGCUCCGGCCCCCGUCUCUUCUCCUUCCUGUCGCUGGCCUGGGGCUUCGUGGCGGACGUGGACAUCGAGAGCGAGAAGUACCGGCGGGCGGGGGCCGCCCGCUUCACCGUGGGCACCCUGGUGCGGCUGGCCUCCCUCCGCGUCUACAAGGGCAGGCUGGCCUACCUGCCGGUGGACGCUGACCACAGCCGGACGGCGGAUGGCCCUGGGACGCCCCGCCUAAACCGGGCCCCCGCCCAGGGUCCAGACCCCCCCCGCCACAACACCUUCCACAAUUCCUGCCACUCCAACAACUCCCUCAAAGCGCGGAGGCCGGAGGGCCCGGGCCCCCGGAGGGCCGGCGAGGGCCCGCCCGGGCCGCCGGACUCCCUGCUGCCGCCCCUGGACCGAGCCGUGCCGGGCGACUGGACGGUGGUCAAGGAGGAGGACUUCGUCCUCGUGCUGGCCAUGUACCAGUCGCACCUGGCCGAGGACCUGCUGGCGGCGCCGGACGCCGGGCCGGACGACGGCGUGAUCCACCUCUUCUACGUGCGGGCGGGGAUCUCGCGCGGCGCCCUGCUGCGGCUCUUCCUCGCCAUGGAAAAGGGCGCCCACCUGGCGGCCGGCUGCCGGCACCUGGUGCACGCCCGGGUGCGCGCGCUGCGGCUGGAGCCGCUCUCGCCCACGGGGAUGCUGACGGUGGACGGGGAGCUGGUGGAGUACGGCCCCGUGCAGGCCGAGGUGCACAGAGGCCUGUCCAGGCUCAUCAGUAGACUAGUUGUGGUCACCGAGGUGCCCUUAACACAGAGUGCUAAUGGAAAAACGGGAUGA